AUGGGUUUAUUCAAGUACCACACAAUUACCAUUAUAGCUCUUCUCACAAUAUCAAUGUUCAAGAAUGUGAAGGGCUUCCAAAGUGGAUGGACAAGUGCUCAUGCCACUUUCUAUGGAGGUGGUGAUGCAUCCGGGACAAUGGGUGAAGCUUGUGGGUAUGGAAAUCUGUAUAGCCAAGGGUACGGCACCAAUACAGCUGCUCUUAGCACAGCAUUGUUCAACAAGGGGUCGACCUGUGGAGCCUGCUUUGAGAUCAAAUGUGUGAAUGACAAUAAAUGGUGCUUACCUGGUUCCAUAACAGUCACUGCCACCAACUUCUGCCCUCCCAAUUACGCCCUCAGCGGCGAUGCCGGCGGUUGGUGCAAUCCUCCAUUGCACCACUUUGAUCUUUCUCAGCCCGUUUUCCAGCGCAUUGCCCUCUACAAGGCCGGAAUCGUUCCUGUUCAAUAUCGAAGAGUCAGUUGUAGAAAAAAGGGUGGGGUGAGAUUCACCAUAAAUGGGCAUUCAUACUUCAAUAUUGUUCUAAUAACAAAUGUGGGUGGAGCUGGUGAUGUAGUGGCAGUGUCCAUUAAAGGGUUCAAAAGUGGAGGUUGGCAGGCCAUGUCAAGAAACUGGGGUCAGAACUGGCAGAGCAACUCCUUCCUCAAUGGCCAAGCCCUCUCCUUUAAGGUCACAACCAGUGAUGGAAGAGCCCUAGUCUCCGACAACGUCACGCCUCCCAAUUGGGCCUUCGGCCAAACCUACACCGGAACCCAAUUCUAA